CGUGCCAAAGACGCGGAGAAAACAGAGAAGUCUCUCUGUCCAGUUGACUGGCGUAAUAGAAUAGCGUGCAUCCUAUUUAAAUUCUGUCUCUUGCUCGCUCUGUCUCGUUUGUCAAACCUAAGCAAAAACCAAACCACACCGAAACAAACAAGCAAAGAAGUUAGGAGUUGGGUUCUUUUACCAUUCCCGCGAAUCCAAUUCCCCGCCCACAGAUACAAUUUUCCCUCUAUCUUUAAUUUAUCCGUCACUUAUUUGAUUGGAUCCGAUUCUCUGUUUUGAUCCAAUCUUCUCUGCUACUCUCCCUUUGCCGCUCUGUUUUCUCUCUGCAUUCUGUAGAUACCAGAGCGAGGCAGAUCAUUGGAAGAAACCCUAAUUUUAUUUGAACAUGUCGAAAUCCCUCCCUUACUCCAUGAAAGAUGUUCACUAUGAUAACGCCAAGUUCCGCCAACGCUCUUUCGUCAAGGUGAUCUCGCAGUCCUUGAUUACCAGUAAUAUAAAGCGUGAAUGUAUAAGUUGUUCUACUGGGAAGUUUCUAAUGUUAUUGAUGAUCUUUGGUUUAGCAUAUCUUAUGCUGACUCAUACAAGCAGUCCCCAUUCUUUUUCUGGUGGACUAGCUAAAGGAACAAAUCUCAGUGAGGAAAGUAUGAAGCAUGGAAGUACCAAACUUGGAAGAUUUUGGAGGAAACCACCAAGGCUUCCUCCUCGAUUGUCACCUGAUGAAAAGGGUACUAAUAAUAAAACUAUCAAUGAAUUAGUGAGGCUAAAUGCUGAUCCAAUAUGGAUUGAAAGGCAACAAAAAGUAAAGGAAGCUUUCCUCCAUGCUUGGUCUGGCUACAAAAAGUAUGCAAUGGGAUAUGAUGAACUUAUGCCACUGAGCCAGCGGGGAGUUGAUGGGUUAGGAGGUCUAGGUGCUACUGUUGUGGAUGCUCUUGAUACUGCCAUGAUAAUGGGUGCUAAUGAAGUUGUUUCUGAGGCAGGAUCAUGGAUUGAAACACACCUUUCUGAUAAGAUUAGCAAGAAAGGCCAAGUUAAUUUAUUUGAAACUACCAUUCGUGUCUUGGGUGGUCUUUUAAGUGCAUAUCAUUUAAGUGGAGGGGGACAACAGACUAACUCUAUGCGUGAGGGGCCAAAACCAAUUUUUUAUCUAGAAACUGCUAGAAAGUUAGCUGAUCGUCUGCUAGUGGCUUUUACUUCCAGUCCAACUCCUAUUCCCUUUAGUGAUGUUGUUCUACACGAUCCCUCAGCACAUCGCGCUCCUGAUGGUUUGAGUAGUACUUCAGAAGUCUCAACUUUGCAGCUUGAGUUCAAUUAUCUCAGUACAGUUUGUGGUGAUCCAAAGUACAGCAUGGAAGCUAUGAAGGUUUUAGAGCAUAUGAAGAACCUACCAAAGGUAGAAGGGCUGGUUCCUAUCUACAUAAGCCCUGACUCUGGUGAAUUUAGUGGCGAAAAUAUUAGACUGGGAUCUCGUGGUGACAGCUACUAUGAGUACCUAAUUAAAAUAUGGCUUCAGCAGGGAAGCAGUAGAGAUGCAAAUUUUACAUAUCUGCAUGACAUGUAUGAGGAGGCAAUGCAGGGUGUUAGGCACCUACUUGUUCAGACAUCAAUCCCAAAUGGAUUGGUUUUUGUGGGGGAAUUGCCUUAUGGACAAAAGGGUUCUUUUAGUCCUAAAAUGGAUCACCUGGUGUGCUUUUUGCCUGGUACUCUUGCUCUUGGUGCCACUAAGGGCAUCACAAAGGAAAAGGCAAUGAAAGACAAUCUACUUAAAUUUGACGACCUUGAAAAUUUAAAGCUUGCCGAAGAUUUAGCGAAGACGUGCUUUGAAAUGUAUUCAGUCACUUCUACUGGUCUUGCCCCAGAAAUUGCUUACUUCCACACCAAGGAAUAUACUGAAGGUGGGCUUGACGGUGGGAACAAGGGAUCGAAGUUUGUUGAUGACAUAAUAAUCAAGCAUGCUGAUCGUCAUAAUCUUUUGCGCCCUGAAACUGUAGAAUCAUUGUUUGUAUUGUAUCGGAUUACAGAGGACCCAAAAUACCGUGAAUGGGGUUGGCAGAUUUUUGAAGCAUUUGAGAAGUACACAAAGGUUGAAUCUGGUGGGUACAGUUCCUUAGAAGAUGUCACUGAGCUUCCUCCUCGGAGAAGAGACAAGAUGGAGACCUUCUAUUUAGGAGAGACAUUGAAGUAUCUGUACUUGCUAUUUGGGGAUAGCUCUAUUUUUCCUUUGGAUAAGUUUGUCUUUAACACAGAAGCUCAUCCUCUUCCUAUUAAAGGUAACUGAGAGGGACUGAAUGUCUUUUGCAUAUAAAGCAUGCAUGUGAAGAAACACUCUUGCAACUUGUAUUUUGGUGGGAAACAGACUACUACUUUUUGAAAUUUUGUUGGUGCAUCAUUCACAUGUUUGGUCCUGGUUCAAAAUGGCGAUCAGUUAAAGUGGUAUCAAGAAAUGUUAGCAGUGCAAUGAGUCAGUUGUUUGAUCUGCGCUCAAUUGUCCACAGAGAAGAACAAUUUUUUGGGGAAAUUCAUUCAUAUGGCCCACCAGAUUAUGGCAUGGUUGUAAGAUGUAAUUGUUAACAUUCUUCAUAAUUAUAUGUGGAUGGGGUUCUUUGCUCCGAAAAUACCGAGUGAAAGUGCAACCAUUUGUAAUUUACUUAUCCAAUUUUCCAGUACUUACAGCAGUUUUGUUGGCCUAUUUGGACCAGCAGAUGUAUUGCACUUUUUGUUAAUAUUUCUUAAUAUAUUGCUCAAAAUAUCAAGCUAA